AUGCCCAAGCCUAUUGUAGAGAUGCUCACCAUAUUCUAUUAUGCAGGAAUCAGACUUGACUGCACGGACGGAGGCUGGGAGAGAGUGAGGCUGUCAGCCGGCCGGUCCAUAAAUAGGCGUGGCGCGUCGGGCCCUGACGCUCCACGCUCCGCCCACAGCUCCACCUGUACAGAGGUAGAUGGCAGUACAGAGCACGGCCACAGAGAGGAGGAAGAGGUCGUGACACCCCCCCUCAUAAAGAAGGAGAGUCUCCCUAAGAGAAUCACCGUGCCUAAACGAGACACCCCCACAACCAAGUGA